UUUUUUCUUUUUUUUUUUGGGGGGGGGGGGAGAAACUCGAGUGAUAUUUUUGUAUCUGAAAAUUUGGCUCUAUUCUUUUUCGCUUGCCUACUUCACAGCUGCUGAAAAUAUGUGUAAGAAGAAGCGUGCUGUGCUGUGCAGGCUUUCUGAUUUCUGCAGGAUAGCUGUGUGGAAUACCACGAAGUAAUGUGGAAAAUACCGGGCUACAAUUAAACAGGCAAAUCAACGACCGGACUGAACGCUUCCUUACACAGGUAAUCGCAGAUCAGAACGCACAGAACACCUAGUAUUUGGUUGCUGGUCCACGGAGGAGCGGGUCUGUAUGGAAAGUAGUAAGAACCUUAUCAUCAGGAGAGAGCUUGCUGUUCCAGUUCGACUUUAAUUUGUGUUACCUUUGACUACAUCCCGAAAUCUAUACUUAUUAAGAAAACACCUUUAAGUACUGAAAAGGGCAGCCAAGGAAGGACGCUAUUAUGCCCACAGACUUCCAGCUAUAACGCACUGUGCUUUUCACAUUUAUGUUUUUGUUUUUGUUUUUUAUUUAUUUAUUUAUUUAUUUUAAUAAGGAGUUCACAUUUGGAUAUAUAAAUAAAUAUAUUACCCUUGCCUUUAUUUCUCAUGUGGAAUUUGUUUCAAUGGACAUGCCAGAGAGUGCUUCUUAGUUGAUCGACAAUUUCUUAAAGAUUGAUCAUGGUCGCCGGGGUCCGUGCUCUUAUGGUCCUUCUGCUCUGUCAGGUACUGCUCGGAGGUUCUGCCGGGCUCAUUCCAGACGUUGGCCGAAGGAAAUUUAGCGAAUCAGGUCGACAAAGCCCGCAACAGUCUGAGGACAUUCUAAACGAGUUUGAACUUCGCUUGCUCAAUAUGUUUGGAUUGAAGCGGAGACCAAAUCCGAGCAAGAACGCAGUGAUCCCGCAAUACAUGUUGGACCUUUAUCGUGUGCAUUUGGGGGAUGGGGAGGAAAGCCCUGAUCCUCCAGGAUCGGCCUUGAGCCAGUACCCAGAGAGGUCUGCCAGCCGCGCAAACACAGUUAGAAGUUUUCAUCAUGAAGAAUCCUUGGAGGAGCUGUCUGGCAAGAGUGGGAAAACUUUACAGCUAUUCUUCUUUAAUCUUACGUCCAUUCCAGGGGAGGAGCUUAUCACAUCUGCAGAACUUAGGAUUUUUCGGAAUCAGGUCCGGGAUGCCAUUGCAAACAGCAGUAGUGGCUAUCAACGCAUUAACGUUUAUGAAGUUAUAAAACCAGCAUCUUCUUCAAAGGAGCAUAUAACAAGACUUCUGGAUACUAGGCUUGUGCAACACAGUCAGAGCAAAUGGGAGAGCUUUGAUGUGAGCCCAGCAGUCAUGAGGUGGAUCAUGCAUGGGCAUGUAAACCAUGGGUUUAUGGUGGAGGUUGUCCACUUAGACACUGAGGUGAAAGACUCAAAAAAGCAUGUACGGAUCAGCAGAUCUUUGCAUGAUGAUGAAGAAAGUUGGCCUCAAGUGAGGCCUUUAUUAGUAACUUUUAGCCAUGAUGGCAAAGGACAUGUUCUUCAUAAAAGGGAGAAACGGCAAGGGAAGCCGAAGCAGAAAAAGAGGCUUAAAGCCAGUUGUAGGAGGCACCCCUUAUAUGUGGACUUCAGUGACGUUGGGUGGAAUGACUGGAUAGUUGCCCCACCAGGGUACCACGCUUUUUACUGCCAAGGAGAGUGCCCAUUUCCAUUAGCAGAUCACCUAAAUUCAACAAAUCACGCCAUUGUGCAGACUUUGGUCAACUCAGUAAAUUCAAAUAUCCCCAAGGCCUGCUGCGUGCCAACAGAACUCAGCGCAAUUUCUAUGCUCUACCUUGAUGAAUAUGAAAAAGUUGUAUUAAAGAACUAUCAGGAUAUGGUUGUGGAGGGCUGUGGCUGUCAUUGAACAGCAAUCUUGUUGACACUUUAAUAUUUCCCAAUGAAGACUAUAUAUAUAUAUAUAUAUAUAUAUAUAUAUAUAUAUAUAUAUAUAUAUA